AUGAGCGGUGAAGAAGAAAGGAUGUGGUGUGGUCACUGCGGCGUUAAAACUCUCAUCCGCCGUGAAGGAAACGCCGGUUCCGUCAAAGCAUGUGAUUGGUGUGGAAAAGUAUUAGCAGACGAGACUGGAACAGCUGAAGAAUAUAAUAAACUCUUCCUUCGACUUCAAAAUUACCUUUCCGAAUCCGGAAAGAGACGACGUAUUAAAAGAAAAAUAUUAAUCUGA